CUAUUCCUUUUCUAUUUGUGUUUUUUUUUUGUUUUGCGCAUUUUAUUUGCCGCCAAUACAUAAUGAAUGUAUCUGGUGAAUCGUCGAAUAAUUCCUUCCUGGAAGAGGACGAAAUGCGCCUCGGCUAUGACCAUGACAGCAUCAUGUCCUUCCUGCGCAAAUCGUCGAUCAAGGACUUGUUUCCCUACGCAGCAGAAACCACAGACGCCAAACGGUUGCUAGAUCGCAUGAUGGCCACCUUGUCCGGGCAGCUGGAACUCAAUCUGCAGCAGCUAUUGGACCUGUUUACCCUCGCCAUUAUGAUGAUGACGUACCAAAGGGACAAUGUUCUGCUGAUGAGGGAGCGCUUCAUGAUGGUGGAUGUGGUGUGCCAUCUGGCAGUCUCCCUGGAUCUACAGGAGAUGACCUACAUGGCCAGUGGGUUGUACGAAAAGCUCAUUACUGGCGUGGGAUUGGAGCGCCUUGAAAGAGUGCAGGACAUGCAGGCCGCGAUUCCCGCCUUGGUAGAGUCCAGUCGUCUGGGGAACGAUAUUGCUAUGGCCUUGCUGCUCACCAUAAUGAGCCGGUACACUGGAGAACCAGUUCAACUGGACAAUAAAGAUUAUGCCCACAAGGCUUUCGAAAUGGUCAAAAUGGUCAACUGGCAGCAGUUGGCAGACACUGGACGCCAAGCAGACAUGUUUAUGCUUAUUCGCACAUUUAGCAUGAUCAUUAAUUGCCGACGCGUACGCGAAGAGUGUCCUGAUUGGAAGGACAAUCUGGGUGCCGAGAUUCACAAGUACUUCCUACAGGUGCGCCUGGAUCGCUCCACCGCCUAUGGUGACUUUGAAAUGAUGAUUGAACGUUUCAUAGCUUACUGUGUUGUUCGCGGAGCCACAACAGCGCCGCAACUUUGCAGCUACAAGGUUUCCGAGCUAUCAGAGUCCCAAUAGCUGCUGGAGUCUAAUAAUGUUUAGAUAUCCAUUGUCAGUUAUUAUUAAAGUCUAAGCGCAACAUAAGUAUCAUACAGCUGAGAUCAAAAAAGAAAACCAAAUAUAUUUUAUGUUAAGUAUUAAUAAAGUAACAAUUAAAUGAAA